AUGGUGCCCCGCGAUGGCAGCCAGAGCACUCCUGCGCGCAAGACCCGCAAGAUCACUCGCGCCUGUGACGCCUGCAAAUUCAAGAAGAAAGCCUGCACGGGAACUUUGCCCUGCGGUCCUUGCGUUCGGCGGAAAUUGGACUGCACCUAUGACACCUCCUAUCAUCGUGGAGCUGUGGUGAGCCCGCCGUCGCUAUCUUUGUCCCCCCUGCCGGAUCAGUCUUCGGGACUGGAAGCACGGAAAACAAACCUGCAACAUGGUCAAGAUCAGAAUGUCCCGGAGGUCGCUGAUCAAUACUGGGGUCCCACCUCAGCACACUCCUUCUUGGGUUGCGCAGUCUUGGACCUGCCCACUUCACCUUCCAAUGCCAUCCCCAGUCCUCGGGAUGGGGGUGAAGAUUCAUCGACGUCCAUAUUCGCUUUCGGAGACCGUGCUGUACCCGAGUUUCGGUCAACAGACUUCGAAUGGCCCGAUCGAGAAACGGCAGAGAGUUUGGUGCGUCGGUAUUUCGAAUUCGCAUCGCCAACCUAUCGGAUUCUGCAUCAGCUGACCGUCGAGGCAAUCCUCUGUCGUCUGUACCGAAGAGAACUGCAGAAUGAAAGAAUCACAAUACCCGUAGCGUGCAAGGCGAUCUUAUUGCUGGUGUUCAGCAUGGCAAGUAUGUUUCAGAUGGAUUCCCAGGGCCGCUUGAGGGAUGCGGACGAUCGUGGAUGGCGCACCAGUGAUCUCUACUACUCCAAGGCGAACCAUAUACUAUCUCGAGAGACCGGUAAGCCCACUCUCGAAUCAGCGCAGGCGCGAUUCCUCAUGGUCCUUUACUUGGUGAGCUCUUCGCGAGCUCAGAAGGCAUGGUUCACGUUGGGCACUACCAUCCAGCUGGUGAUGGCGCUGGGCCUACAUAGCAGACACACGAGAAAGGAUACUGAGACAGUGGACCUUGUCCAACGGGAAUGCCGACGCCGCAUUGUGUGGUGCUCGUACACUCUGGACAAGUAUCUGAGCGUGGUUCUAGGCCGGCCUCGUCUUUGGCAUGACGAAGACCUGGACACGGAGCUUCCUACGCGAGUGAACGAUCAGGAUCUGGCAUCCAAUGCAAUAAAAGCAUCAAGCCGUGACUGUGUGAUGGAUGCUCCGGUGUUUCAUGCCCUGUUGGCUCGGAUUCUAGCCCAGGCGGCCAGAGAACCCUACAUAGCGGCUGGGAUCUCUGCUGGAGCGCACAUCCAGACCCUCCAAGACUUGUGCAGUCGCGUUGCAGAUUGGCAGGCAGAACUGCCUCCGUUUCUCUCUGGCGUCAUCCAUCCGAGCAGCCUUGUCCCUAUGUUCCGACGACAGCUGACCGUGCUCCAGCUGGCACGCUAUCAUGCGUUGAUGUUCAUCACACGUCCGUUGUUGCUUCGAAACUACGGACAAAUCUGGCCCGAUUGCAGGACUAGCUACUCGCAUCAUCUCCGUACUUGCCUGGCAGCCGCCCGGGAUGCGGUCGAAUUGAUUCUUAGCUUUGUCUGCGAAAACCAACUCUUCCAUGCAUUCUGGUACUCGCAGUAUAUUGCCUUCAACGCUUUAUCUAUCAUCUAUAUCUACCUCAUUCAAGUCCAGCGUGGUCAUAUUGUUCCUGUCGGACGGCCAUUCCCUCAUAGUCAGAACAGCCCGGAUGAGGCUCCUUUAGAUGAGUCCAUGCUUUACGGGCUGUCAGAGACAGCGCAGCAUCACCUUGCGGAUGCAACAAUAAGGAACGCACCCUCUUGGAAAUAUAGUGCAAUCCUGCAGAGCCUUCGACGGGGGCUUCAGCGGCUAGGGCCUCCAACUGGUCAUUCUCGUCACCUGGAAGAUACAGAGGUUAAAGAUAGUACCCAUGGAACCUCCACAACCCAAGCAGCUGAUGGGCUGAUGAAUGGGGCGAAUGGUGAGUUACGGAAUCAGGACCCAACGAGGGUGGAGGAGAAUCUAGGAGAAAUUACCGGGGCAUCCAACUCUUCACUCGGUGCUAACCACUCGGGCGAGCCAUUGCUAGUCGACGCUCGGACAGAAUCUCUGUUCGACAACUUCGCGAUGGAUAAAGACUUGAUUCUCGACUUCUGGCCCCAGCUGGAUAGUCUACCCGUUACAUAUGAAUUAUAA